GUGCGUUCUCAAAUCACAAGACCCGAGAUCAAAAAAUCAGAAUUGCACUCGCUAAAUACCGUUGAGGGCGCUGUUUUUCAUCAAUGGUGUUUAUCGAAUGUUAUCGAAUCGUGAUCAUCUGCGUAUGCUGAAGCACGGAGAAUCAUCCACAUUAAAUUCCAACAACUCCGUAUUCUCAGAAAUAAAAAACUGUAUUUGACAGUGUGAUGAAUAAGUGUGUGAAGUAAAUAAAACUAACCAAAAAGUUCUCUCAUCUCCAUGAAAAUGUCAGCAAACGGUUCGUUCUCGUCAUCGUCUACUCUCUCCUAUUAUUCCGCCAACGAAGUAGACUCCAACCUUGACAGCCAUUCAGACAUAUUCGAGGAAUUAUCGAGAACGCAAUCUGGUCUGUACGACAUCUUCGUGGAACUUUUCAUCGAAAUUCCGAAGAAUGAAACCUUCAACAAGCCAGACAUGGUGAGAGCAGCUGUGUACACCAUCUGCGGGGAGAUAUUCUUCAAAUAUCAGCAGUGGAUCGCCAUUAGUUCCCUGAUUGCUCAUCAUAUGGGAAGAGCCUUGAAUCCAACGAGCAGUGAUUGGGCUUCAGUCAAGGAUGGACGUCUCGUAUACCUCGGUAAGACGAAGAUCACGGGGCACACACUGGCUGUGAUUGACUCCCCAAAGCUUCCAAUUGUCCAUGACAGCAUCAGUUACGAUGAUAACAUCUGUGCUACGAAUGUCAGGUUGAACUACUCAAUUGAUUUCCUUUUAACCCCUGGUGUUGCUGCUGCUGCGAGAAUUUACAAGAAUCACGGGUUCAGGAUUGACUUUGAUGGGUACAGUUAUAAGCAGAAGCACAUGGAUGAUAUUAUGAAGGGGCAUGUGGCCGAGAAACUCGAGGUUUAUAAUCAUCAUUUAGCUUGGUCCAGUGUCUACAAUGUACUCCAGGAGUACAGGGAAAACGUCGACAAGCAGAAUAAAUUUUUCGAAGAGUAUGGAUUCACCUUUUAGAUUCAUCAUUUUUUAAUAUAUUUUAUGAAAAUUAGGGAACAAAACUAGAAUCGACAAUCCCUCAAACAAAUUACUUGAGAUUUUCCUCUAUUUCCUGGUGUCACUGCUCCUGUGAGGAUCCAUCAGAGCCAUGGAUUCAGGAUUAAUUUUGAUAACUGCAUUUAUAAGCAGGAACACAUGGAUGAUAUGAUGAAGGGACAUGUGGCCCAGAAACUCGAGGUUUAUAAUCAUCAUUUGGGGGGUGCAGUUGGGGAUAAAGUAAGUCGGCCCAUGGUAACGCAGAUAGGGAAGGGAAUAAAAUGUAAAAACCCGAGA